ACAGUUCAACACGGAACUUCAUAAAGCGCAAACGUGCUCACUUAAGUUAAAAAUAAUUUUUCUGACGAUUAAUGUGCUAUAAUUUAUGCUCUGCGUACAUCCGUUCACGAGACAAUUGUCAAUGAUAACUAAGUGUAAGUGGACUUCAGCGGCAGUUUCCAUCAGUUCUUCGACAGUUCACACUCAAGAUCUAGAUACACCAGCAUGUAGUUAACUACAAGUAUCAACAACAACUUAAUAUGCAGGACACGACAAAGUUAAUGAUGUCAAGUCGAGAAAAUCAAAGUAGCGAGGACAUCGAUAAAUACGCAAGAGAUGCAACUGAACGGUAUGAACUUGCAGAGGCAAGGAGCGCCGUUAAAUACAUGGAAUGUUUUGUGAAAAAUAUGAAGCAUAUUGUCGAUCAGAAUUCUGCGAAACCGGGGGAUUAUGAUAAAUGGACGGACAAAGAAAAAUAUGAACAUGUAAUAGAUAACCUAAACACAUAUGCACCAAGUGUACCGGACUCCUUGUUAUUCCUCAUAUCGGGCUCAUUGCAUCGAGGAGAUUGCAAUCGAAAUUCAACGGACAAACCGCUCUGGUUAGACAUGGAAAAGUUCCAGAGAGGUCAAAAGUUCGCUCAAGAUUACAUGUUUUCGAUUUUUUUCGCUAACGUGUUAUCGCUUUUCCUGAUAUACGCUUACCCAGACAGUAUCAAACCGCUAAUCUUGAGCCAAAAAUCUCACACGCCGUAUUUAGCAUUCAAGAGGUAUUUGUCUACGGCUUGUCGUAUAAAGAAUUGGAUGACGGAAAAUAUGUGGUCCGUGGAUACGCGAGCUUACAAGGAUAUACAAACUGUGCGUAGAAUGCAUCGUGCGAUACGAUUGAAACUUUGCGAGAGCGACAAUGGGGAGAUCGACGAGGCCAGUAAAAUUCAAAAGCCAUGGUGUCCGAAUAUAGAAACAAUUUUAAAAGAUUUUUCUUCUUGCCCGAACAUAAAAAAUAUAUGUGUAGAUAUUCCGAACGUAUCUAAAGGAUUGAAUCAGAGUGAUAUGGCAGCCACUCAAUUCUCUUUCGUCAGGAUACUUCUGCUGUACCCCCACGAACUCGGUAUUCAUGCUAAUGAGGAAGAUUUAGAAGCGUUUUGUCACGUGUGGAGAAGUAUAGGAUAUCUUCUUGGCAUAGAGGAUCAAUAUAAUUUCUGCCGCGGCAGUCUGCAGGAAGUUAAGGAAAGAUCGCACGAAUUUAUCGAGUUUGGGCUGAAACCCUACUUGCGACAAGCAACGCCCGAAUGGGAACAUAUGAUGAGAUGCAUUACGGAAUUUUAUAAUAGCAAUUCAAGCGCAUUCCAGAUGUUACUACUUCUAGUCACCGAUUUAUUAAAUAUUGAUAUGCCACGUCUGCGGAAAACGCUUUCUUAUUCUGAACGGUUUUAUCUUAUUCUUCAACGCUUUAUAUUUCGCUAUGCCAUGAAGUUACGAUUCGUACGAGAGUAUAUGAACAAAUUGGCUUAUAAGUCACUCGAGAAAGGAGUCAAAUGUAGACCAGAAACACAUGAAAAACUAAAGAAAAAAUCUGAAGAGGCUUUAAAUAAGGGUCGACAACAAUUGUAUGAAGACUCGAACUAAUAUACUCGAAGAAAUUAAUAUAUGUAGGGGAGACCGGGGCGAAGUCGUCAUCGGGGCGAAGUCGUCACUAUAGUUAUCUCGAAAUCUAUAUGUCAUAUAAAUUUGUUGUUAAUAUUAUAAACGCUAUUUAUCAUGUCUACGUAAUCAACGGAGUUUAGUAAAAUUAUAUAUCAUGUUAUGAUUUUUAUUACAACAAACGUAUUUUCAGAAGUCAAAAGUGAAUUUUUUUCCGUAUCGAAAGUUUUUAAUAUUUUAAAUAUUAUUGUUUCUUAAAAUCUCGAGAUAAGUUAUUCUAAAGAGUAAUGCAUGCUGAACACGAAUCUAGUGAAGUUUUUUCAGUUUUCUUUAUUUAUAUUUUAUAAGCGAUUAAACUUGAAAUCUGUGUCCGGGGUGAAGUCGUCAUCAAGCGACCGGGGUGAAGUCGUCACGGUGAUGACUAAAAUCGACUAUUGCCACUGCGUCGAGAAAGAGAGGCCGGCCCCCAAAAAAUGUCACGCAAUUACAACCGCAGCCUUCAACGAGCAGUGGGCAAAAAUCGAAGUCAAGGAAGCAGGAGUGGUCCGAUUCCGACAGUGAUGACAAAACAGAAAAAUGAUCUUCUUCUAAUUAUUUUCAUUGUAUUUUUAAUUAAUGUUAAUUAAUGUAAAUGUUGAAAUUUGUCUAUUAAAAAAUAAUUAAUAAAAUGUAUUCUAUUGUAUUUCAUGAUCGGAA